AUGUUCAGCGAUGGUUCGGAGUUAGGCUACGGCGCAUGCGCAUACCUACGUAUGGUGGAUGAAGAUGACAGAGUGAUGUGCUCCUUAGUCCUCGGUAAAUCUCGCCUGGCACCAAUGAAACAGAUUUCUAUACCUCGCCUAGAACUGUCUGGAGCUGUAGUCGCAUGCCGCAUGUAUGCAAUGCUAUCAGAAGACCUCGACAUGAAAAUCGACCAAGCUGUAUUCUGGACUGAUUCUACAAUACUUCUGGGAUAUAUCAAUAACGCAUCACGCCGUUUCAAAACGUGUGUUGGCAACAGACUCAGUGUCAUUCAUGAAGUUACGUCACCUGACCAAUGGCGCUAUGUUGAUUCCGGUUCGAAUCCUGCCGACAUUGCGUCUAGAGGUAUCGACCCAAGUGAUACACAAAGAAUACAGACAUGGCUUAAGGGUCCUAAAUUCCUUUUCCAAGAUCCAACUGCUUGGCCAGUCCAUAGCUAUGUGCAGGAAAUAGCAGAUGAUGACACGGAAGUAAUGAAGGAAGCUGUAAUAAAUAGUAGAACGACAAAUACAGAAAUUGACAGAAUUAUAAUGCGUUACUCCGACUUGACCAAACUACAACGAGCAUUCGUAUGGCUGCAAAGAUUUAAAACUUAUUGCAGACACCGUUAUCUAAAACAUGACGUACAAGUACCCACAGGCGGUAUUACAGUAAUAGAAGUACGGAACGCCACACGAGACAUAUUAAAAUGUGCAAAGAAAGGACACUUUUCUGAAGAACUCUCAGCACUGAGAAUAGAUAAUCCAGUGAAGAAAGAUAGUAGAAUCGCAUCUUUGAAUCCCAUAUUACAUGACGGUCUCAUACGAGUACAUGGGAGAGUGAGACGGGAGAAUCUCCAAGAAUAUCCGGUUAUUCUACCCAGUAAACAUCACGUGACUACGCUAAUAAUUAGACAUUACCACAACAUCAAUAGUCACGUGGGAACUCAGCAGGUGCUUGCAGCUACACGGGAAAAGUAUUAG